AUGUCUGUCAGCAUUGGACGCAGAUUUCAGUGUGCAAACACAAGUUGUUUGCCAUUUCGCACAUCGAUUGUAUCCGAAGUUCUAAAUUGUCAAACAAAUUGUUUAACUGAAACCUAUUGCAAAGCAGCUAGUUUCUCUACAAUCACGUUUGGAUGUGACCUAUUUGACAACAUUCUUGAUCACAAGGCAGAUCUGUUGGCUGAUGUGAACACGAUAAGUAUGAUUGUUGUCGGUGGAACAAGAAUACCAUCUGCAAUAGAAGUAACGGAAAUCUCUAUAACACCAUCGUCAUCAAUGUCUUUGACUUCAAAAUUAAUAACGUCAUCAACAUCUUCUUCAUUAAUAUCCACAUUGAUAACUUCGUCAAGAUUCUCAACGUCCACAUCAGAUUCAACUACAGUUACUUCAUCCUCGUCUUCAACGUCGUCAGCAACAACAUUGACAUCAUCGUCGACGUCAACCACUACUACAUCAUCCUCUUCGUCAACAAUAACGUCUGGUUCAACAUCAUCUACCUCCAUGACUUCGUCAUCAUCCUCCACAUCAACAUCAGAAACAACAACGUCAACUGCUACUACCUCAUCAUCAUCUUCAACGUCGACGUCAGAAACGACAACAUCAGCAGCCACAACUUCAUCAUCAUCAUCCACCUCAACGUCUCAAACAACGACAUCGGCGACAACAGCAACAACAACAACAACAUCUUCGUCGACGUCGGAAACGACAACAUCAGCAACCACAACGUCUCAGACAACUACUUCGGCAACAACAGCAACAACAACAACAUCAUCGUCCUCGACAUCCACAUCGGCAACAUCGACGACAUCAACAACAACAACUACUGCUUCCCCAUGUCCAUGGGGCGGCAUUCCGCUUACCUUUGAUAAUAUACCAAACGCAGAUGCUGUUCAGGGCGCCCUACCAUCCAACUAUAGUGGACUCUCUUGGACUAAUGGAAAAUAUCUGAACGCAACUGCAUUUUCAACGACUGGUUGCAUUUAUGCACUCGUUUCUGGUCAAUAUGUAACGUUUUUGAAAAGUACUGUCAUAAUUCAAACAUUGCCGAACAAUGCAACGAUUACACUGAAUUCAGGUCAAUUUUCGUCUGCAUAUGCAAACGGUAAUCGUCUAAUGAUGACUGGUUACGAUGGAAGUUCAGCAUUAUACAACGUUACACUUGCAUUAAAUGUAUAUUCGAGAUAUUCGGGAGUGUUUAAUUGGACUGGAGUGAAUAAAAUUGUUCUUCAGCCAACGGGAACAGGUUAUUGGGACACGUGUAUUGAUAAUUUAUGUAUCACUUUUUAA